AUGACGGACCUAGACGAGAAACACGUCCCCACCACCAGCGAUGUCGCUGAACGGCAGCCGGUUGGGCAUGUCGAGCAGACAAUUGAGGAGAGGAUCAAGACCGGCAAAGAUAGUGCACUCCCGGCCAACCACCCGGUGAAUGCGAUGGGCAAGUGGCGCAAGUUUGGCCUCGUCUUCUCGCUAUCAUACGCCGGUUUCCUGUGCAACUUUUCCAUUGCCAUCGCCAACGUGGCGUUCGGCCUCGUCGGCGAAUCGUUCGGUGUUGGCCCUGGUGCCAUUGCCAAUGCCCUCGGUUACAACCUUCUCGGUUGUGCACUGGGCUCGGUCCUCUGGAACCCGGUAUCGCAGUCUGUGGGACACCGACCCGUAUACCUCAUAGGCUCGUUCAUUUUCAUGCCCAUUUGCGUGUGGCAGGCACAGGCCAAGACGUACCAUUCAUUUGUGGGCGGCCGCGUGUUGGCUGGGAUCGUCACGUCUUGGUCACAGACCAUCCCCCCGUCGUCCAUUGCCAACAUUUACGUCAAGGAAGUUCGUGGGUCCAAGAUGAGUGCCUACGCCAUCUGCACGGUCAUUGGUCCUGUUAUUGUGCCCAUUUUCGCUGCGGCCAUUGUCCGCAAACACUCGUGGCGAAACCUCUGGUAUUUUAACCUCGGCCUCGCGGCACUGCAGUUCCUCCUCGUUCUUUUCCUCGUGCCGGAGACGACUUGGAACUGGGACGAACCCACCCACAACAACAACUCUCCUGCGGCUGUGGACACCCCCGGUGGGGAUGACCACGACCCCCGGCGCUCCUCGACACUCAAGGAGGAGUCCGCCUUGAAGGAGAGUGUCCUCGACAAUCCGUACCACGCCGACUACCACACUCGCUCUGGCCAUGUGGGUGCCACAUUCUUGCCUCACCAUGACUGGCCAAGGUUUGGCAAGCUCGUCCUGUCACCAAUCAUUAUGUUCCACUACAUUGUCAUUGUGGUCCCUUCGUUCUAUUACGGGAUGUGUCUAGGUUGGCUAAGUGUCGGCAUCACUGUUGUGUUCCCUCAAAUCUUUGCCGAACCACCCUUUUCAUUUGGGUUGCUCCCUCUCGGUGCCGCAUUCCUCGCGUUUGGUAUCGGCGGUGUCCUUGGAAAAUGGUCGGGCGGCAUUGUGAGCGACAAGAUUGUGGCCUACUUUGAGCGCAAGAACGGCCAGCGCCAACCCGAGGAUCGUCUCUGGGCUGGCUACCCGAUGUUGCCACUCAUGUUCCUCGGCCUCCUCCUCUGUGGGCUCGGUGUCCAGCUCCGGCUUCACUGGAUGUGCUACCUCGUCGGCGGUGCCAUUUGCUUCUUUUCCCUCUCUGGAAUUACCACCGUCAUCCUCACCUACACGCUCGAGACGUACAUCACCCACGGCAUGGACACGCAGGCUGUCUUCAACUUUUGCAAGUACAUGUGGGGGUUUGUGGUCCCCUUCUUCCUCAUGGACUGGGGACUGAAGGACGGCUGGAUCGCUUGCUACUGUGCCCAGGGAGCCAUCGUUGCCGGCGGCGGGUUCAUCCUCCUCACCUGCCUCAUCUGGAAAGGGUUCGACAUUCGCAAGUGGCAGAACAUGCCCACUCACGCUCGCGAGCACCACCACAAUUAA